AUGAAAAGGAAAAGAAAAUCUCUCAAAUUUUCAAAACAAGAAUUUCUUUAUUUACUAGAUGAGUGUUGGGAAUUGGUCUUUAAAUUCCUCAAAGAAGAAGAUGAAGACAAUUUCAAGCUUCUCUCAACUGUCUCAAAACAGUUCCUCUCUAUCACUAACAGUCUCCGAUCCUCUCUCACUCUCUACUAUCCAUUCCUCCCUAACCUUUUCCAAAGAUUCACCAAUCUCAUAUCCCUCAACCUUACCUGCUUCCACGGUGACCUCAACAUGUUUCUCUCUCAAAUAUCUUGUUUUCAACUCAACCUUACAUCACUCAAUCUCUCCGAUAAACCCACAAUUCCCGCCAAUGGAUUGAGAAUUUUCUCCAAAAAUAUUACAACCUUGACUUCUCUCACUUGUUCCAACUUACAUUCUAUCAAGACCACGGACCUCUUACUCAUUGCUGAUUGUUUUCCUUUACUCGAAGAACUCGACCUCAGUAAUCCCAAAGAAUGCCGCGGUAAAUACCUCCAAAAGCUAGAAGCGCUUACAAUACCACUUGUCAAACUCCGUAAGGUUAACCUCUCUGGUCAUAGUUAUAUCAACGAUCAAAUGAUUUUCCAUUUGUUUAAGAAUUGCAACCAUCUAGAAGAGGCCAACCUGUAUUGCUGUUUUAAAAUAACUAUUGCAGGAAUGGCGUUAGCUCUCUCUGAGAGACCUUCAUUGAGGUCUUUUUCCUUUUCCAAACCUGCAACUAACAUUACUCCACCUUUCAUUGACUCUUUGGUGCGUUUGAAGAGUUUGACUUGUCUUGAUUUGUUUUUUCUUAAUAUCUCCGAUGAGUUGUUAUCCGAUAUUGCAAGGGAAGGUUUGCCUCUGAGGAGAAUUGUCCUCCAUUAUUGCACCGGCUAUAGGUAUGUUGGAAUCUUUAAUCUAUUAUCCAAGUGUCAACAAAUACAACAUUUGGAUCUUCAAAAUGCUGGUUUCCUAAAGGAUGCACAUGUUGUUAAAUUGUCAUUAUUUCUGAGUGAUUUGGUGUCUAUAAAUCUUAGCAAAUGUAAGAAACUCACACAAUCAACAUUGUUUGCACUUGUUGGAAACUGUCCUACACUUGGUGAGAUCAAAAUGAAAGAAAUUGGAUGGGAGAGUAUACAUGAUACUAAUUUUUGUAUAGACUCGGGUGUAUGUGUAUACCCUCAAUUAAAAUAUCUCAAUUUGGCUUCUAAUUCAUGGUUAAGUGACGAAAGCAUCAUAAUGUUUGCUUCUAUUUUCCCUAAUCUAGAGCUCUUUGAUUUGAAUGGUUGUCGCAACGUUUCUGAAGAAGGUGUUGGUCAAGUUUUAAGGAGAUGUUUAAAGAUUAAACAUCUCAACUUAGAAGAUUGUUCUAAAGUUAUGCUACCUGGAAUAAAUUUUGGAGUUUCUAAAUUAGAGGUGUUAAACUUGUCAUUUACUGAAGUUAUUGAUGAAGCACUCUAUGUGAUCUCAAACUAUUGUUGUCAACUUUUGACACUGAACCUUGCAGGUUGUGAUUAUAUCACCGAGAAAGGAGUGAAGCAUGUGAUAUAUAAUUGCACACACCUGAGAGAGAUCAACUUGGGGUAUUGCGAUAACGUGCGUUCAAAAUUUGUUGCUUCAAUGGUGGUAUUAAGACCAUCAUUGAGAAAGAUAACAACUCCAAGUCAUUGUUAUUUAAGCAAGAAAGAGAGAAAGGUCUUCUCGAAUCAUGGAUGCCUUAUUUGCCAACAUUAGGAGAGCGUCUUGUUAAAGUUUAAGAAUGACUGGAGAAGCCAACAUCAACUACAACUAGAAUACCAAAGAAAGUGCUUCUUGUUUUGAAGACAAGUUUUGUUUUUCUCCUAGUUAUUCACUAUUGCUACUUUGUAGAGCAACUUAAGUUUUGAAUGUUUAAUUUUUUAUUUAUUUAUGUUUUCAAACUUACAUCUUUAAAUAAAGAAAAAUGUUUAGUUUUUUGUUA